ACAGCGUACUUCAAUACGGUACAGUGCCACUUAACAACUAACAACAACUCUAUUCUCCAAAGAAACGAAAAACUCUACAAAAAAUGGCUUUCAAGAUUGUAUUCGUUUUGGCUACUUUGUUGGCUUGUGCCUAUGCCAAACCCGGCGGUCCAGCUGCCUAUUCCAUUUCGGCACCCAGUGUCGACCACGCUUCGGUGGGACAAUCGCAGGAGCACACCGUCAAGGGUCAUUACGGUCAGUCGUCACAAUCGGACUAUUCCAGUCAUGUCCAAACGGCCCAUUCACAAUCGCAUGUACAACGUUCGAGCAUUAGCAAUGAUGCCGGUUAUGCUGCUCCAGGUCAUGUAGUCGCCGCUGCCCCUGUAGCUCAUGCCAUUGCUGCCCCAGCCAUCAGCGUGGCUCAUGCCGCUCCAGCCAUCAGCGUGGCCCAUUCAGCCCCAGCCUACUCACAUGGCAUUUCAUAUGCUGCCGCCGCUCCAGCCAUUUCUCACGGUAUCAGCUAUGCUGCCGCUGCACCCGCUGUCAUUGGACAUUCCAUCGGCCAUGCCUAUGCUGCCCCCGCCGCCAUCCAUCACGGCUUGGGUUAUGCUGGCCACGGUUAUGCCGGUCUUGGUUAUGCUGGUCAUGGAUAUGCUAGUCAUUAUGCCGCUCCUGCCUAUGCUGCCUCGCAUAGUUAUGUUGCUGCUGCUCCAGCCAUUAAAGUUGCCGCCGCUCCAGCUAUUGCCCAUGGUCCCAUUUUGGCCGGUCAUGGUUAUGCUGCACCAGCUUAUGCCACCCAUUAUGCUGCACCAGCUUUGGUGAAGGCUGCCGUUGCUGCUCCAGCUUUGGUGCAUACAUCCGUUGCCGGUCAUGGCAUUCACUAUGGUUACUAAAUGAUGUGCGCCCACCCCGCCUGACUUAUCGUUUCCGUUUCCGUUCCAACCAACCGUUAAAUGUAUUGAAUAUUCUUUUGCUUGUUUUUUACUACUCCACCUCCUCCUCCGCCGACCAGGACAUAGCACAACGCCUUUAUUUUUCUCGCCAAACUGAGCUGAGCUGAGGUUUGUUUUUCAUGGCUUUUUUCCUCUCGAAUAAAGUGAAAAGUGAAAGAAGAACACCCCUCUCCCCCCCGAUUUUUUUGUAUAUAAUGUUUCACCCCUUUAUUAAGUUCAACGACAUUAAUUGGGUAAAAA